AUGGAGCCAUCGUCGUCCGGGAAGGGGAAGGUGGCGACCGAGCUCGAUAUCGAGCUGCCUCGUAAAGUGGCGGAGAUCGAGAGCAUCCUGGGCUACACCUUUCGCAACAAAUCGCUCCUUGUGGAGGCGAUUACCCAUGAUUCCUACGCCGAUCAUCCAUCCUACCAGCGCAUCGAGUUCGAGUUCGUCGGCGACGCUGUCCUCAGCCUUGUGGUUUCUAAGUACCUGUACGAAACGUACCCAGACACCGGUUCCGACAACCUCACCGCCCUCCGCCACGCCAACAUUUCCAAUGAGAAGCUCUCCCGCGUGGCCGUCCGCCUCGGUCUCUACCGUUUCCUCCGCCGCAACUCCCCUGACCUUGAUCAAGCGGUGAGCGAGUUCACGGAUCUAGUGACAAGGGAGGAGGAAGAAGACGAUGGAAGGAUUUCCUACGGCGGUAGUAUCCUAGAAGCCCGCAUCGUAUUGGCUGGCAUGGUCGAGUCCAUCGCAGCAGCGAUCUACUGGGACUGUGAUUCCGACCUCAAAUUAGUGUGGAAGAUUUUCAGUAAGAUUCUGAUACCAUUCAUCACGUCGGAGACCAUGGAACAACACCCUGUGGAGGCCCUCAACAUGCUGUGUCAGAAACGGUGCAAAGCUCUGGAGUUUCUCCCCUCAAGGCGCGGUUCUUCAUACACAGUGGAUGUUAUUAUUGAUGGCGUGAUUAUGGGCACUGGAUCUGACAGGCAAGUGGCAAUCGCAGAGUUAAAUGCUGCCCGAGAUGCGCUGUCAAAGCUUCCUGGCAUGGAGGAAGGUAGUUUCGACGAUGAUGAUGCGGAUGCCGGUCAACAUCUCCACAAGCAGAGAUUAUAUGUUUACUGUGACAAAAAGCGCUGGAUGAAACCAUUAUACAAAAUUGACAAAGAAGAAGGUCCUGCACAUAGUAAAAAAUUCACAUGCUCAGUUACAGUUGGAUCGAAGGAUUACAGGUUCAGUGCUUGCGGUGACCCAGAGCCAAGAGUGAAAUAUGCAGAAAAUUCGGCAGCACGUCGGAUGUUAUCCAUUUUGCAUCGCCCCGUUGAGGAUUAAGGGCAUCCACAUUGGAGCUUUUUGUGAACUCCUUAGUUUUCUCUUUCCUAAUGAGUCAAUAGAAAUUAAGGAGCUGGGUUAGAAAUUUCGAAUCUGUCUUCCAUUUUUGGUAGGGACCAACAUUGGAGAUGUUCUUACCCAUCAGGAUUCCUAACUUCGAAUAAUCUGCACUGCUGCUCGUACUUAGUCUAAGAUGUUUUUUCCAAGGACAUCUAUAGCUGUUCUAAGUAUUGCAAAAAUCUAGUUUUUAAUAUCUUUGA